CUCGAUAUCUCAAAAACGAAUUUUUUUAACCUAGGAUAAUUUAGUAGAAAAUUCAAUUCUCUUCAAGAUAAGCUAUAAAUAGUUCAUUGAGAUUCCGUUGAUAUCAAUGGAAUUGUGAUUGAUUAUUUGUAACAAUGCUGGUCUACUAACAUGUCUCAUUCACUUUUAUGCAAAAAUCUCCUUAAGUGCUCCCAAUUAGAAUAAAUUGCCAUCAUACACAAAAAGUCAAACGGGUCAAAAUCUGGCGAACAAUUAUGCUUUUAUUUAUUUAUGUGUCUGUGCAUAUUGAGGUGAGUGCUAGUGACGCUCUAGUAGAUCUAAAAAUUCGAUUUCAGGUGCAUUAAAGUUCAUCCACCUACAAGUAACAGAUGUUUGCAAAAGUCUGCCAAACCAAUAAUAAUAAAAUUUGAAUAAUGUAUUUGACCUAUUUGGGCCUAUACAAUAUUAAAUUGGUGCAUUAAUCUGGCUGCGGACUCAUUCGCAAAUUAAUGUGCGACAAUGCAAAAAGCUUAUUUUGUGUUUAUUUUCCUUCAUUUGAUUUGUAUUACUAUGGAGUACAGUCAUUUUGAUCCGAACAGACGACCAAAACUGAUGGGCGACCGUCUACCAUUCAGAGCCAUUUCCCCAGAAAGACAACGAGUCCGCAACAAAAUCGUAAUGUACCACAACUAUUUCCGCUCUAGAGUGGAACCUAGAGCUGGCAACAUGCUAAAAAUGAAAUGGCACCGGGGUGCGGCAAAAGCCGCCCAAAAAUGGGCGAACCAGUGCGAAUUUUUGACGCACGACGCCGCCGUCGGCCGCCAUAUUGCCGGCUACGGAUCGUGCGGCCAAAACAUCUUCAUCGCCACCGCUCGCGUUCCCUGGCUGUUCGCCAUCGAAACCUGGUGGCUCGAGAAAAACGCCUUCAAAUAUGGCGGCGAAAACAAUAUGACGCUGGUGGGCCACUACACGCAACUCGUUUGGGCCGCCACCCACGAAGUAGGCUGCGGCCUGACCAAGUGUCAUCAGAAAAUUUACGACAAAAAUGGCAACAUUGUAGCAAACGGACCUAAACGGAUUUUUUACAAUUACGUUUGCAAUUAUUGUCCCAUCGGCAAUCGUCCAGGAAAAACUUCCACUCCGUACAAGUUGGGCAACCCGUGCAGCUCGUGCAAGCAAAGUUGCACCACUAGAAAGUUGUGUUCGAAUUCGUGCGACGUUGCCGAUAUGUGGGCAAACUGUAAGGAGCUGCACCGAAUCCAUCCGACUUGGUUGUGUCGCACUCAGACGCCCAAGGGCCGCCAGAGGGCGCGUUACUGUAAGGCGACCUGUAAUUGUCGCAAUAAAAUAUACGAUUAGAUUUUAUUUUGUUUUUUUCAAAGUUGGCAACAGUGUUUGCAUUGACGUAAUGUCAAAUGUCAUUAUUAAUUUCUCUAGAGUAGGAUUCCCGCGUUUUGAUUUUUUCUGACAUCUUUUUGUCACUUUUUUCGAGGGUAACAUAAACCAAAUUUUCGCGACGAACGUAGUUCAUCCAAGGACGAACCAUAGUUUGUCUGUGACGUCAUGUGUUUGAGCGCUGUCUAGAAGCUGCAUCCAUGCUUCUGUCGAACUACGUGCA